AUGGCCGCAUUCGUGCGAGUGUCGGGGCCGCCGAAUGGCCAUUUCCUGAUCGGCUACCCCGGUAUAUCUGCAACAAUGCCACGUAUCGAGGGCAAGGUUGAGAUCAGGCCUAGCGUCGGCAUUACAGCUCCCGUCAAUGUGUCCCUCGUCACCAUAUCCCUUCAUCGCCGUGAGACAAUACAUCCCUCCGCCGACUCCGUGACCAAGAAGCACCUCGCGCCCCCUAGGAAAGAAAUCACGGAUAUUGUGGGCAAGGAGAUGCUCCUCUUCCGUUGCCCAGCGGGUCGAGAGUACGAGGAAGUGAUAUCCAUGGAUUUGCCCUUCGUCCUUUUCAUUCCAUUUGGGCGCGGAGGGCCGGACGCUUCGAGGAGAGUUCCACCCGCCAGUUUACAACUGCCUAGUCGCACCGCAGAGACAUUCUAUGAAAUAGUGGUCAUGGUUCAACAAGGUCAUUCGGAUCAGCGAAAAUACACGUUCCCGGUUCCCAUCUCACGCUAUGACACACUCUCCACGUUUGGCAUGUACAACCGACCUGAGUCGGCGGAAAGGGUGUCGGACCAUCUGGUCACCUUGGGCAUAUCUUUGCCUCGGUGGUCUUACGGCCCCCUUGACCCUGUGAGCGUUUACGUCAAACUAUCGCCCAAUCUCGACUGGAUAGGCAAAGCUAGGAAAGUCACGAUCAACAAGAUUACUAUCGGUAUUGAUGAGGAGAUUAUAUACAACCAUGAAGGUGACGAGCCACAACGGAAAGUGAGGACCUUGACGAAAAGAACAGAGCCGAUUGGAGUAAAGCUACCCCCGUCGGGCUUUUUGACGAAUCUGGGUUUAGUAUUUCCAGCCAAAGAUCUUCGAGACUCCAAGGGUAUUCUUCCCAGGAGCGAUAUGGCUUUUCCGGCUUAUGCUGUGACGGGGUUUACGACAACGGCGAGUCUUUAUAAGAUCGAAUAUUAUCUCACAGUAAAGGCCCACUUGACUUCCGCCAGAGACAUUGUCAUUCGACAGCCGAUAGUUGUAUGUCCUCUUGACCAUGCUGGUUGUAAAGAGGAAAUGGAUGCUAUCGAACAGGCUGCCCGCGAGGCGGUACAUAUCAAUCCGGAUAAUCCCAUGUUGCCGCUUCCCUCUAUCGUGCGGCCCAACGAUCCCAAUGCUCUUCGUCAUCUGGGUGUUGCUAUUGUCGGCAAUCAAAAGAAGCCCUUAAUAGACUGAGCCACAGUUGCCAGUUCGGACUCAAAUGUCCACCAUUUCCAACGAAGCAUGCCCAGGCUUUCGGCUGCGGGCUAAUCGGGCCAAUUCACAGCGCCAGCCCCAGAACAACGCCUCAUACGCGCCGAUAGAGCCUGAUCGCGUCGUAUAUUUCUUUUCUGAUUCGGCGUGCUUGCUGUGACGCAAGAAGCGUCAUUACGUCUUACGAAUGCAUGGGCUACGGAGUUUUGUCGUUGCAUGGGUUUCCUGGUAGCCAUUUCGUUCCAUUUUUUGUUGGCCGGAGCAAAACGGGGUGUUUGGGUUGCCUUUGCUUCAUACGGAGGAAAAGGCUGGGGGGAGAGGUUCCAUUCUAGUUUGGUUCACGUGCUUUCCCAUGCAUGUUCUAGUGGUGCAUGCACAAUAUAAUAUGUAAGAUCUACCUUUUCACGGCUCAAUUUUGGAAGCGAAAGAAAAGGAACCAUUCUCAGCAGCACAACUUGGAUUCAACAUGUGACAG